ACCAGUAGCUAUAGUUCUUAUUUGAACCCUAGCCUGAGAACUUCCAUAUACUGCAGAGUGGUCCUUUAAAAAACAAACAAAUUAAUAGUCCCCUUUCUUUCCUUAUUAGCAGUAUGGAUUUGUGGGUUCUUAUUUAAUGCAGUGGGUUAUAAUCCAGUACUGUUAUUAUUUUGAUCCUCUAAUUGUCACAGCCUUGGCCAGUAGAAGAUCCUUCAGGCUGACUCCUGUGUCUACAUCAUUUUGUAAGCACUUAUCUUCUAGCAUCCCAUGAUGUACCAAGCUCAUCUUGCACAAACCUAGAAUCAACUAUUUCUCCGAGGAGCCCUGGUUCCCUACAACAGGAAAUGGUAUUUAGAAUCCAAGAUCUGAGCAGUAGGUAUGCUCUUUGGUACUGGAGUUGUCAUGGCUUUUAAGUCCUGCUAGCAAAGAGGGCUAGGAAAUCUGUGUAUGUAAAUAAACACAUCUAUUUUUAUCUGUUUCUCCAAUUUCAGUCCAACACCCAAGGUCCUUCCAUUCUUUCCCAAAUCCAUAUUUGUACUCCCUUCUCUAACAGUCAGAACCUUGGUUCCCAUCAGCACCAGUGUUUUUACUUAUUUGCUCAAUCUCACACAAAAAGUUUCAGAAUAGCUACACCCAUACCCUUGUGAAAAACAAAGCAGAGCUCAAGAUUUAUUGAAUCUAAUUCAAGAGUAUCUUUUUUUUUUUUUUUUGUCUUUUUAGGGCUGCACUGGUGGCAUAUGGAGGUUCCAGGCUAGGGGUCAAAUCAGAGCUGCAGCUGCUAGCCUGCACCACACCCACAGCAACGCAGGAUCUGAGCCACAUCUGCAACCUACACCACAGCUCACGGCAAUGCCAGAUCCUUAACUCACUGAGCGAGGCCAGGGCUUGAACCCAAGUCCUAUGGAUACUAGCCAGUUUCAUUACUGCUGGGCCACAACUGGAGCGCCGAGUAUUUUUUUGCCUUCAAAUUGAGGGUCAAUGGUCAAAGUAACAAUUGGAACACAGGUUCAAAUGUUACUGUGAUUACUUAUUUAUUUCCCUUUGGUGUGGUUGUUAUUCAUUGGGAAUGCAGGUAGGUUUAUUUGUUUCUGUUUAUAUUCACUUUUAGGGGUUUUUUCCCCUCAAUCUUUGUUGAUUUUUUUUCAAAACGUAGAACAUUAACUUGGUUCCAGAAAGUCCAGUCUUUGCAAAAAUGUGUGCUCAGAAGAGUGUCUUUCUCCUAGCCCUCUCCCUCCAUGACCAUUUCUGGUUUAUCCCUCCUGCAUUUAUUUUUGCAAAUUAAAAAAAUAUAUAUAUAAAGUUUUUUAUCUUUUUUAAAGUGUUUUAAUUGUUAAUUUAACAGUAAGUGUUUGUUACUUUAAUCAUUCCAAUUGUUAGAUUUGCUGGGGAGCAUGCACUCCCAACCCACCAUAGUCCCCAUCCCUCCCUGUUGCUUCCCCAGUCCCUGUUUUCAUUUGCUAGUCCCACUGGCCCAUCUGAGCCUACCCCCUAGGCCCUGGUGGCUUGGGGGCUGUCAGAGGCCCGCAGGCCUAACUGAGCAGUGAGAAAGCUAAGGCCAUCUCUCUCUUUCCUCUGAACCAAGACCAAGCCAGGACCUCAAGAGUUCAACUUCACCUGGAGGCAAAUGCCCACAUUCAAGUUGUGGUCAAGUACAAGAAGUAGGGCCUGUGUGGACAGACAGAGGAAGCAGAUACAACUCGGCUGUGUGAUCUAGAACAUGUUCGUUCCUUCCCUCUCUGAGCACCACUCUGCUCAUCUGAAUAAAAAAGAAUUGGACUGGGGUCCUUUGAAUUUCAGCAGCAAACCUGGAGCUCCGUGCCCUGUCAUCUGCCACCUAAAUCCGUGCUGAUGCUGGACUGUGUGCCUGUGAUGGGUUCUGGGGGCACAGGCACAAGCAAGACAGACAAGGGGCUUAUAUUCUAGUAAACCAGGCUCUAAACAAGCAUGUGCCUAGAUAUGAAAUGUAAUAUCAGGUAAGAAAAGUGCCAGGAAGAAAAAUAAAGCAGGGGAGAAGGAUUAGUGAUGGGAGGUAGGACAAUUUUAGAAAAGAUGAUCACUGAAGGCCUCUCUCAGGCAGAGACCUGAGUUAGGUUAGGGAGCAAGCAAUGGAGAGAUCUGAGGGAAGGGUAUUCUGACAGAAGAAGCAGCACAUGCGAGGAAACUGAGGUGGAAACCAGUUUGACAUGGGGGAGGACCAGCAAGAUGACUGUAUGGCUGGAAGUAUGAGAGGCAAGGAGGAGGCGGGCAAGGUCAAAAAAGUGGGGGGAAUGCCACCUCAGCCCGGAAGAGGUGAGAUUCCAUUCUGAUGAUGAGAAGCUUUUGAAGGGAUGAGUGCAGGGGUGUGACCUGAUCUGAUUUGUGUUUAGAGGGAUCCACUUGAGCCACGUGUAGAGUGGAUCUAUGGUGUCAGUCAACAUCCAAUCAGCAAAACAGAAACCACUUUAGGAUUUUUCAGACAGGGGGCAUUUGAUACAGGAAAAGAAUUGAACUACCGAAGGCAAUCUCAGGAUUAGCAACAGCAGGAAGCUUCUACCACCCCUAGGCUGGAAGGAUCACAGAAGGAAGUGGAAUCCCAGUGCCCAGAGGUCAGGGUCACCCUGCAGGCACCAGAACCUCAGAGGGGGCUGCCUGAAGGGAGCCAGGGCUGUGGAGAGAGAGGAUGUCUUCCAUAGAGGCAGAUCCAGGCUGAACAUGAGAGGGAAAAUAGCUUCUUCCCUCCUGCCACCCUCCACUUUUCUACUGGUAACUUCCAUUGGCUGAAUAUACCCACAAAUCAACUGUCAGAGGAGCCUGGGAAAUACAUUUUCAUAGAAGGCAGAGCAAUGCUGGGAAAGACUGAGGAAUGGACCUAAGGGCAAAUGAACAAAUGAUUGGCAUGAGGUGCAGGAGUGGAGGCCAGGAGACCAGUUAGGAGGACUCAGAAGUGGUCCAGGUAAGAGAUGGUGAUGGCUAGGAGCACAGUAGUGGUGGUGAGAAAUGGCCAGAUUCAGGUAUGUUGAUGGACUGGAUGUGGGACAUGGGGGAAAUGGAGGUGUUAAUGAAAAUUUCUGAGAUGACAUUUACUAUGAUGGGGAAGACUCUGAGAGGGGCAGAUUGGGGAGGGGUCAAGAGUCAGGUUCUUGUUGGGCAUAGGACUUUUGAGAUGCCCAGUAGUUAAAGUAUGGGGGAGAUGCUGAAGAGGUGACCUGAAUACCCAAGUCUGGAGUUGAGGGGAAAGGGAGAACUUCACAAAUGGAAGUUGGGGUUAUGGCAUGGGACUGAGUGACCACCUGGGGAGCAUAUGCCCCACUGGAGUCCCAUGGCUUUCCCUGAGUCAGUACCUUGAGGGAGGAGGCCAUACACUGCCUGGCUAGGACUGGGUUUUAUGCCUAGUCAGGAAUAUGGAAGGUGGGGGUCUUGCUCACCCAAACCACACAUCCCGAGAGUUUCUCUUCUUCCUAAUGAGAACUCUAGGUGUUCUUAGCAGAAGGGGACUUGUUAACAGCAAAAACAAAACCAAAGAGCAAUUGCCCCUUAAGGCCUUCUCUCAUUAAUUUCACGCACGGUCAUGAAGCACCUGUUCUGUGCUAAUUAAUACCAGCUGAGCACCUACUAUGUGCCAGGUCCUGUGCUUGUCUCCUCACUUGAUCUAGCCUCCUCUUUCUGAGAGAACUAGCCUUCCUGGGAACCAGUGUGUACGUAGGAGUCUCCCUGCUCCAGUGCUUGCCUCACUGGUACCUCAGUUUCCAUUCCGUAUAAAGGCUGAAUGAUCUGAUUACCUCCACUAAUGGGGAUGGCAGAAGAGAGCACAGGGGAGGCUACUUCCCACAUCUGGGAUGGGCAGAACACGGUCUGGCUGACGCCAAAGCCCACACUCCGACGUCCUCAGUUUAGACCCCAGCUUGUGCCUGCUCUGGACCCACUCCAGAGGCACUCCCAGCACUUCCACAGCACAGCCUCCAGCCUCCAGCUGGCAGCUGCUAGGACCCAGGGGGCCGGUGCCAGGCCCUGCCCCUUCCUUGCCAGCUCUGUGUGUCUCCAAAGGGCAACAUCAGAGUGACAGCCAGUACCAUCUCCAGCAGGGGCUGAGUUGCUGGGGCAGAGGAGAGAGCCGCUGUCCCACCCCUGCACCCUUAAUGGGGCCUGCCAAGCCCCAAAGAGGAUGGCAGCCUGGGCGUCCGAGCCAGCCCCUGGGCAGCCUGUGAGGGUGAAGCCAGAGUGCACGAAUGGCCAACGCCACAGGGCUGAACGCCCCAGAAGUCGCAGCCACGAUAGCGUUGAUCCUGGCGAGUGUUGUGGAGGCAGCAACGCUGCUGGGCAACGGAGCGUUGCUGGUCGUGGUGCUGCGCACACCGGGACUGCGCGACGCACUCUACCUGGUGCACCUGUGCAUCGUGGACCUGCUGGCUGCCGCCUCCAUCAUGCCGCUGGGCCUGCUGGCCGCUCCACCGCCGGGGCUGGGCCGCGUACGCCUGGGCCCCGCGCCCUGCCGCGCCGCGCGCUUUCUCUCGGCGGCGCUACUACCCGCCUGCACGCUCGGCGUGGCCGCGCUCGGCCUGGCGCGCUACCGCCUCAUAGUGCACCCGCUGCGGCCUGGCGCACGGCCUCCGCCCACCCUCGUGCUCACCGCUGUAUGGGCGGCUGCGGGACUUCUGGGCGCGCUUUCCCUGCUGGGGCCGCCGCCCGCACCGCCCCCUGCCCCAGCUCGCUGCUCGGUCCUGGCCGGGGGCCUCGGGCCUUUCCGGCCGCUCUGGGCGGUGCUGGCCUUCGCACUACCCGCCCUCCUGUUGCUCGGCGCCUAUGGCGGCAUCUUCCUCGUGGCGCGCCGCGCUGCCCUACGGCCCCCGAGGCCCGCGCGCGGGUCCCGGCCGCGCUCCGACUCUCUGGACAGCCGCCUCUCCAUCUUGCCGCCCCUCCGGCCUCGCCUGCCCUGGGGCAAAGCAGCCCUGGCCCCGACGCUGGCUGUGGGCCAGUUCGCAGCCUGCUGGCUGCCUUACGGCUGUGCGUGCCUGGCGCCCGCUGCACGAGCCGCAGCAGCUGAGGCGGCCGUCACCUGGGUUGCCUACUCGGCCUUCGCGGCUCACCCCUUCCUGUACGGCCUGCUGCAGCGCCCUGUGCGCCGGACGCUGGGCCGCCUCGCCCGUCGGGCGCUGCCUCAGCCCCCGCGGGCUUGCACGUCGCGGGCCUGGCACCCGCGGGCCCUCCUGCAGCAUCUCCAGGGACCUCCCGAGGGCCCUGCCCUGGGCCCUUCUGAGGCGCGGGAACAAGCCCGGGAUUUGGCAGGAGAAGAGAGCCUGAGCAUGCCAGAGGCCACCUGAGAAAUGUCUCCCAAGGUGAGUGGGGACUAGAGAAAGCAGGGUGGUACCAGAAUGGGCCGAUCCCAUCUCCUGCACAGCUUGUGGCAGGUGCCCUGUCUGGACUUCUGGCUCUGCAAUGAGAGAAAGGGACCCUGCAGCCUAGUGAGGCCCAGAGGCUACUGGGAGCUAGGAAUCCUGAGUUCUAGGCCCAACUCUGCAUGGUCUUGUGCACAGACCUACCCUUUCCCAGGCCUCAGUUUUCCCAUCUGUACCCUGAACCAUCUCUAAGGACUCCCCCAGCUUGGGCGAUCUGGACACUCAAGAAGGGUCCCUGGGGCCAAGGAAGGAGCGGAGGUGGCAGGAUCACAGAGAAGAGGGUUCCAAGGGCUCACAGCCAAAGGGAUGGGCCAAGCAGGGCAGGGUCUAGGUUAUAGCCACAGCAUGAGGAACCAGUGGAGAGAGCUUCAGAAAGACCUCCCUGACAUCUGCACUGAGGAGCGUCUGGACAAAACUACUGGAACUCCUCUCUCAGCUUCUAAAAUGCCCAGAAAACAACUGGAUCAGUUUGGUGGCAGAGGCAGAAGACUGGACAAUGUGACCUCCAAAGGGCUCCGAAGCCCUAGAACUGGCAUCUGGAAGGGGCUGAGGCCCAGCUGGGACUGACGGAGUCACAGACGGGGUUCCUCUGGGGCCUUGGCUGCGCCCAUUUUCUGGAGGUUUUGCCAACACCCACAGUGUUUCACAGCUUUCUGGUCUCUGAGAAUAUUUAUUCAAAAACAGGGAUUGAAAAAACUGUA